UACAAAAUAGUAAAAGUAUUUAUAAUCAAUGAUAAUACUUUUUAAACGUUGAUGUAAUACAGUCGGAAACGUGUCAUCGGUACGGGUUGGUUCUAAGAAACCGUUUCUUGUUCGAAAUCCUGUCCAAAGAAAAAUACAUGAGAUAAUGUAUAUUAUUUGGCAAUAUUAACUGUGAACUGUGGUACUACUGAACAAUUAUAGGUUCUGUUGAUUUUUCAAAACUAUUAUUUGCCUAAGUUCUUGAGUUUCAAAAACAAACACAUUGAAUUGGUAGGACAACGGUUAGUUGGUAAAAUUUGUUGGUAUGCAGGAUGACAAUUCAUCUCUUGAACCAUCAGGGGGAAAUAUUACACCAGUAUUAGAAAACUCAGUAUCAAUUAAACAUUUUGUACCAAAAGUUGGAUUAUUGCAUCAUAAAGAAUCUCCACAGCUGAUACUAUGUAAACCUAAAUUGAUGCCUUUGAAAUCUAUGACACUGGAAAAAUUACAAAAAAUGCAAUCUGAAGCUGAAAAAAAAUUGUCAAAUAGAUAAUUUAAAAAUAUUAAAAAUGACUGUAGGAAUAUUUAGUGCAGAAGUUAUAUUUGCUCUUAUUUUAACUACAGUAUUACUUAAUCGUUAUGGGAAUU